UUCUCUCUCUGUAAUCAUUCUAUCUCCAUUCCUCGUCUUCCCUCCUUUAUUCCUACUUUCUUCUCCUUCCUUGUGAUGGGUAUUCGUUGAUUUCUCUUUUUUUGGAGAAAUCCUUGGAAUUCCCGGCUACCCAUCUCAGAUAAAGCUCUAUCCAUCUCGGAUCCGGACCCAAUUUUUCAAUACAUUAACUUUAUCUAGUCUGUUAUGAUGAAGUAACAAGAUUGCUGUUUGGAUGCCAAGAUGUGUAAGGUAAUUGUUGAUUAGGAAAGAAUGUCAAUGAGUAUGUAAAUUUGGGUUUCGGUUCGGGUUCGGUUGGUGCCGUGGCUUCAUGGGGAUCUGCUUUAGCGUCGAUCCACAGCUAUCGGAGCAGCAGAAGAAACAUAUGUGCCAUGUUAACAGCCGUUCAGGUGGGGAACAAGAUGCCCGUACAUCUCCAUCUCCUGCCAGAAUAGAUAGGCAAGAGUCACCCAAUCCCAAAACUCUAAGCACUACUCCAUUAGCAGUAAAGGAUGUCAAAGAUCUUCGCCAGAAUCCUGGAUAUAGCAAUGUUGAUAACUUUACAUAUGAAGAAAUGAGGUUGGCAACAAAGCAGUUCCGGCCAGAUUAUAUCCUUGGUGAGGGUGGGUUUGGAGUUGUUUAUAAAGGAAUCAUAGAUGAGAAUGUGAGGCCUGGUUAUAAGUCCACAGCAGUUGCCAUUAAGGAGCUUAAUCCUGAUGGGUUCCAAGGUGACAGAGAAUGGCUGACCGAAGUUAUCUUUCUUGGCCAGCUCAGUCAUCCAAACCUUGUAAAGCUCAUUGGAUACUGCUGUGAGGAUGAGCAUAGACUGUUAGUCUAUGAAUAUCUGGCAAAUGGGAGCUUGGAAAAGCACCUUUUCCGAAGAGUUGGUUGCACUCUGACAUGGUCAAAAAGGAUGAAGAUUGCCUUACAUGCCGCAAGAGGGCUUGCUGUUCUUCAUGGUGCAGAAAGAUCUAUAAUAUAUCGUGACUUCAAAACAUCAAACAUUUUGCUGGAUGAGGACUUCAAUGCUAAGCUCUCAGAUUUCGGUCUUGCAAAGGAUGGACCAAUGGGAGACCAGACCCAUGUAUCAACACGAGUAAUGGGCACAUAUGGAUAUGCUGCACCUGAAUAUGUGAUGACUGGUCAUUUAACAGCAAGAAGUGAUGUUUAUGGUUUUGGGGUGGUGCUACUUGAGAUGCUUCUUGGAAGGAGAGCUAUGGACAAGAGCAGACCUAGCCGAGAACAUAACCUAGUUGAAUGGGCUCGUCCACUUUUGAACAACAAUAAGAAGGUUCUGAGGAUCUUAGACCCUAGAAUAGAAGGGCAGUACUCAGGUAGAGCUGCAAUGAAGGUGGCCAGUUUGGCAUAUCAAUGUCUUAGCCAAAACCCAAAAGGGAGGCCCCCUAUGAACCAGGUGGUUGAAUUACUAGAGACAUUUCAGACAACUGACGAAAGUCAUGAAGAGGCAACACUUCGAGCUGGUGGCAGUGUAACCCUUUAUGAAGCUCCAGAUAGAUCUCCCAACACUUCAUCAAAGAAAAAACAUACCACUAGAAGUGAAAGUAACAGAGAAAGUAACAGAGAUGGAGAGUCUCGUAGGAGGAGACCUGCAGAUGGAAGGAGUAAGAGUGAACCCCCAACAGAGUUUGAUCAAUAUGAUCCUAACAAUUUUCAGUCUGAUCAGCAAUCUCUACCAACCAGGGCUUGAACUUGUAUCAAGAACUGUUAAGCAGAUCCGUUGAUUUGGUGUCUUGAGAUGCAGUGCAACACAGGAUCUUUAAAAGCAUUGCAGCCAUUCAAAUGCGCUUCUGUUUACAAGCUUAUAAGUGCACCAGCAACCUGCACACAGGACAUAUUCUCAUUUUUGUCUCAAAAUCCAGGAGAGAUGGUAAACACUAAGCAGCAUAUUGUAUAGUCUGGCAUGUAUAUUUUUUUGAAGGCACAUUUAUGUUGCACAAAUCAUAAUCAAGUUCACUUUUAGAUUUGUUGAUUUAUGU